GCGCCCGAUGGGAGGCGCGGGCGGGCGGGCGCUGCGGUUCUUCCCUUUUGCUUUCGGGAAGCGGCCGGGGCUGCUGGCUCGGCGCAGCGGGGCGGCUCUGGCGCCCGGCUCCCGGGGCCCGGCCGGCCGGAGGAGGGCGGGGAGGAGGUAGGCGGACCGGCGGGAGCGCGGGGCGCACGUCCGCCCAGCGCUGGGAUUGCUCGGCUGGCGACGAGAGCGGAGCAGGCGCGCGGCCCAGGCGGAGGAGCCGACUCUGGAGCAGCCGGAGCUGGAGGAGGAGGAGGAGGAGAGGCGGCGGGGAAGGAGGAGGAGGCGGAGAGUCACUCCCGCCCGGCGAGCAUGGGGCGCCUGGCGCCCAGGCCGCUGCUGCUGGCGCUGUUGUCGCUGGCUCUCUGUCGAGGGCGCGUGGUGAGAGUUCCCGCCGGCAGCCUGGCGCGGGUGGUGGGUACCGAGCUGGUCAUCCCCUGCAACGUCAGCGACUAUGACGGCCCCAGCGAGCAGAACUUUGACUGGAGCUUCUCGUCUUCGGGGAGCAGCUUCGUGGAGCUCGCCAGCACCUGGGAGGUGGGCUUCCCGGCCCAGCUGUACCGGGAGCGCCUGCAGAGGGGUGAGAUCCUCUUGAGACGAACAGCCAACGACGCCGUGGAGCUCCACAUAAAGAACGUCCAGCCCUCCGACCAAGGCCACUACAAAUGUUCGACCCCCAGCACGGAUGCCACUGUCCAGGGCAACUAUGAGGAUACAGUGCAGGUGAAAGUGCUGGCUGAUUCCCUGCGCGUGGCCGCCAGCCCGCUGCCCUCCCCGGGCCUGAGCCUGCGCCAGGGCGAGCCCUUCGAGCUGCGCUGUGUGGCAUCCACUGCGUCCACGCUACACACGCACCUGGCGCUGCUGUGGGAGCUGCGGCACCGCUCCACCCGGCAGAGUGUCCUCGCCCUGACCCACGAGGGCCGGCUGCGCCCGGGCCCGGGCUACGAGCAGCGCUACCACAGCGGAGACGUGCGCCUGGACACCGUGGGGAGCGACGGGUACCGCCUCUCCGUGUCCCGGGCGCUGGCCGAGGACCAGGGCACCUACAGGUGCGUCGUCAGCGAGUGGAUCGAAGAGCAGGGCAACUGGCAAGAGAUUCAAGAAAAAGCCGUGGAUGUGGCCACUGUGGUGAUGCAGCCGACAGUUCUGCGAGCAGCCGUGGGCAGGAAUACAUCUGUGGCUGAAGGAAAGGAGCUGGACCUGACCUGCAACAUCACGACAGACCGAGCGGAUGACGUCCGGCCCGAGGUGACGUGGUACUUCAGCAGGACGCCCGACAACACUCUGCCUGGCGCCCACGUGCUGGCACGGCUGGACCGUGAUUCUCUGGUGCACAGCUCUCCUCAUGUCGCUCUGAGUCACGUGGAUGUGCGCUCCUACCAUUUACUGGUUCGAGAUGUCAACAGAGAAAACACUGGCUACUAUUUCUGCCACGUGGCUCUCUGGGCACCGGGGCACAACAGGAGCUGGCACAAGGUGGCAGAGGCCACGUCUGUCCCAGCCGGUGUGGAUGUGACCUGGAUAGAGCCAGACUAUCAGGUGUACCUGAAUGCUUCGAAGGUCCCUGAGUUUUCCGACGACCUCACAGAGCUGGAGUGCCGGGUGGUGGACACAAAGCGUACGGAGGCCAGCGUCCGUUUCACGGUUUCCUGGUACUACAGGAUGAACCGGCGCAGUGACGACGUGCUGACCAGCGAGCUCCUCGCGGUCAUGGACGCGGACUGGACGCUGAAGUACGGAGAGAGGAGCAAGCAGCGGGCCCGCGACGGAGACUUUAUUUUUUCUAAGGAGCGUACGGACACGUUCGGUUUCCGGAUCCAAAGGACUACAGAGGAGGACCGAGGCAAUUACUACUGCGUCGUGUCCGCCUGGACCAAACAGCGCAAUAACAGCUGGGCCAAGAGCAAGGAUGUCUUCUCUAAACCUGUGCACAUAUUUUGGGCAUCAGAAGAUUCCGUGCUUGUGGUAAAGGCGAGGCAGCCAAAGCCUUUCUUUGCUGCAGGAAAUACCUUUGAGAUGACUUGCAAAGUGUCUUCCAAGAAUAUUAAGUCGCCGCGUUACUCUGUUCUCAUCACGGCCGAGAAGCCCGUUGGGGAUCUCUCCAGUCCCAACGAAACCAAGUACAUCAUCUCCCUGGACCAGGAUUCGGUGGUGAAGCUGGAGAACUGGACAGAUGCCUCUCGGGUGGAUGGUGUGGUGUUAGAGAAAGUGCAGGAAGAUGAAUUUCGCUAUCGAAUGUACCAGACUCAGGUGUCGGAUGCAGGGCUGUACCGCUGCAUGGUGACAGCCUGGUCUCCUGUCAGGGGCAGCCUGUGGCGAGAAGCAGCUACCAGCCUCUCCAAUCCUAUUGAGAUAGACUUCCAAACCUCAGGUCCUAUAUUUAAUGCCUCCGUGUAUUCGGAUACGCCAUCAGUCAUCCGGGGAGAUCUGAUCAAAUUGUUUUGUAUCGUCACUGUCGAAGGAGCUGCACUGGACCCAGAUGACAUGGCUUUUGAUGUGUCCUGGUUUGCCGUGCACUCCUUUGGCCUGGACAAGGCGCCCGUCCUCCUGUCUUCCCUGGAUCGGAAGGGGAUCGUGACCACGGCCCAGAGGGAUUGGAAGAGCGACCUCAGCCUGGAGCGUGUGAGCGUGCUGGAAUUCUUGCUGCAAGUGCACGGCUCUGAGGACCAGGACUUUGGCAACUACUACUGUUCCGUAACUCCCUGGGUGAAGUCACCAACAGGUUCCUGGCAGAAGGAGGCAGAGAUCUACUCCAAGCCCAUCUUUAUAACUGUGAAGAUGGAUGUGCUCAACGCCUUCAAGUACCCGCUGCUGAUUGGCGUCGGCCUGUCCACCGUCAUCGGGCUGCUCUCCUGCCUCAUCGGCUACUGCAGCUCCCACUGGUGUUGUAAGAAGGAGGUCCAGGAGACGAGGCGUGAGCGCCGCCGGCUCAUGUCCAUGGAGAUGGACUAGGCCGGGGCCCGGGACGGGCAGUGACGGGGGGGACGAUCCAGGAGCGUUUUGGGCGAGAAGAGGACAGUGAUAUAUUAACGUGAAGUGUGUUCCACUAAAACCCCAGUCCUCUCUAAUCUCAGGUGGGACUUGGCGCUCUCUUCUGCAUGUCAAGUUCUGAGCGCAGACAUGUUUACCAGCACACGGCUUUUCUUCCCACGGCACUUUUCUGAGAACCAUCGAGUGUGUGUGUUUUCCCACGGCGGCUUUUUUAAUGGUUAACCUCUGCCUAAUUUUUUUCUCCUACUGGUUUAUAGAUGUCUGACUCGUGUGUGUUUAUAGCUUUUGUUUCGAGGGGUUGCGGUGAGGAACGGGGGGUGAUGGCAUUCGGAGUUCUUUGUCUUGGGCGAGACGGUAACUGCCUGCUCGAGGGCCGGCGUCUGGGUUGGUCGGUGCCACCGUGUCCUCCGGCCCAGCGACGACCACACAGCCCUGUGGCGAAGGCUAACUUGUGGCUCUUACUACCCUGCCCCACCCCCUAUUUUCAGGGGUUUAGACUACAGUUGAAAUCUAAACUUGCGGUAUGUAACUUCGUAUUGAGCCCAAAUGCGUAUUUUCAGUUUUUGCUUCUCUGCCCCCUUUCCAUUUCGUUGCUUUAUGUGAGAGUGCUGAAAUGGCGGCCCCUGGAAUUUAGAAUUUGGCUCUCCACCGAGCACCUUAUCUUGCCACCUUAGCCUUAAGAAUGAAUUAUGAAGAAAAAGACACAGCCACCUCUGUCCAGGGCAGUCCAGAGACGGUCUGCAUGGAAGAGGAGGCUGGGGACAAGGGAAGGAGCAGACACUCCACCAGUGCGGAGGCAAUUGUGCCUCGAGGGGCCCCGUGGAAAGCAGAAGACGGAUUGUGGGAGUAGGUCUCUGCAGCUCGUGCCGGGAUGCUCAGUGGUGCCGGGGGCGUGUCAGGUGGAAGAAGCCACCUCCGUUGCCCCCUACCGCCCUUCGCAGGUGGCAAAGUUCUUGGCCACCAAGGGACUGCCAGGGGAACCCACAGAUACCCCACGUCCUUCACAGGCUGCUUGAUCUCCUUAACGUGAAGGGGAAUUGCUGCUUGCAAGACUGUCUGACUUCAUGGAAUCAGAAAUUGCCUAGAAGAGCCAUGCAUUUUCUCUGACCUUUUCAGUCCCUCCGGUCUUUGUAAGCUCCCCUGCAGGGGGUUGGUGAGAAAGGGUAUACCUUGUGGUACGUUUGCUUUCCUAUUAGGAGCAGAAGGAAACCCAACCAUUUAUUACCAUGUGAACAGCCUGCAGAGUAGAUCUGAGAGCAGUCCGUUUUGCCCGAGUGCUUGUACCAGGAGUGGGACAAGGGACCCACAGAGAUCCUGAAAUGUCUCGCCCCUGGCACAGCGCUGGCCUUCUGGAAGCACCCCGGUGGGGUGUUCUGAGGCUUGCUGGUGACUCAUACCCCACGUGGCAUCCCUCUCUGUUGCUGUCCUGACGGAUCUGACACUGCUCUGUCUUCCGAAGGGGGAAAAAAAAAGAUGCGUUUGUUUUGAGCAAUAAAGUAAUAAAUACAAAAUGAUGGCCAUUCAUGUGCGGCUGUUUAUAACUAUGGGCCGGAUGAGCCGUGCCCCUCCCGGCUCACCAUCUUCCUGUCCACUUCUGCUGCCCACGAUUCGUUCUGCACUUGUCACCGAGUCACCCCCAGGAGGCAGAUUUCCAUUCAGUGUUUUCUUUUUUUGUCUUGCCCACUGAGGGGACCUGUCAUGUGACAGACGCUAGCAUCUGCACUCAUGAUAGCAGCACAGACGCAUCCCAGGGCUGGCGUCUGUGGUGGGAAGACGGGCGGCAGGUGUGCCCCAGCAGAGCGCAAGUGACUAGAGGAGGAGGAGGCCUCGAGAGCGCUGCAGUUGGGUAUUUUCUACGUCUCGUUUCCUAACGGUGCUGUUUCAGAGGCGGUGGUCACAGGUGAUUGAUUGUACAAACCAGAGUUGGAGAGAACGCAUGUCCACAGGUGCUGUGUUAGUAGUAGCCGGUGCCCUCGAGCCCUGGCAGUUAUCACACUUAUGAAAAGAAGAUUCAGGAUUGUUGUAAAGCGGGCCCUUCUUGGUAGGAGGAAAAGGUCCUUAGUUUGGGGCGUGACCAGGUGGUCCCAGGUGUCUGUGAAACCAUGAAUGGGUCACACCAGACACUCUGUAGUAGUAAAAGGUGACGUGUGCGCACCUUUUCCUUUCAAAUUGCUGUUGCAGUUCAAGGCUGGGGUUGCUGAGGCAUUGACCCCAACCCCACGCCCUGGCCACUGGGCGGGCCAAACCGCAAGUCGCCUGGGGGCUGGUCCAAAGGGGGAGAAUUUCCAGGGUGUUGUGCCAAGGACCCCGUUCCUUCCAGGGACGUUAGCUCGCCUGGAAUGUGUGUCCUUUUAGAAGUGUGAGAUGCACUCCCUUGUACCUAAUGGGGCCCUCACAAAGUGCUCUUCUGGAAGAGCUUCCUGCCAGAAGUACCAGGGUGGACGGAAGCAGGACGGAGCCACGCUUCACUGAUGCAAUUGCACUUCUUAACAAAAAGAAACUUUAUAAAAUGUUUGGGUUUUUCCCUAAUCCUAAAAGUCUCCCCAAAAAGAGCCUACGCUGUGUUCAGAUAGGAGCCUCAAAAUCACUUUUAAAUUGUUUACUUUAUAAUGUUUACAUACACUUUACACUUAAAAAAAAAAAAGAAAGGAAAAAUGCAAACUCUGACUUUUUAACAGCUCUUCAGAUUUUUCAUGGGACAGUGGAACUCUGACUCACCAACUGGAUUUCAAUCUUAAUUUAGAAAUUUAUUUAUUUGUGUCUUUUUCUCCCCUCUUGUCCACAUGGCUUCCCCUAAGGUCCUGGUGAAGGAAGCCCCUUCUACCCAGACCCUUAUCUGUUUUCCCUGGUGGCUCUUGCUUCUUGCUUUGCAGGCUGCCUGCAGCCAUGAUUUUGUCACUGACAUCUGUGAGCCAAAGACUGAGCCUUUUUGGCAGGAAUAAUAAUAAGCAAUACUACACAACUUGCUACUUUCAGAAAACUUUUUUUUAGCUUCACCGAUGACAACAGAGGAAGAAGGGAACUGGGGUUUGGGUACGUUCUCCUCCACUGUUUGACCAAAUUCUCAGUGAUAACUUUUGUGUGCAGAUCACUAGGAGAAAAAAAGUUGAUUUUCUUUCUUUUUUUAGCGUGGCACAUAAGGAUCUGCCGAAUUUUAUGUAGACAAAGAAAGGGUCUCGUGUAUUUUUGUCCAUAUCCAAUGUUAUAUGAACUAAUUGUAUUGUUUUAUACUGUGACCACAAAUAUUAUGCAAUGCACCAUUUGUUUUUUAUUUCAUUAAAGGAAGUUUAAUUUAAAUUGAAGUUG